AAAUACAAACAUAUCUUCGUCUUCGUCUUCCUCCUCUAACCUCCACUUUCACAUGACGCACCACCGCAUCACCACCUACUUCAAUGGCGGAUCCGCCUCCAUCUUCCUCCUCCUCCUCCUACUCACCACCACCACUUCCUCCUCUUCUCCACCAAUCCCAGGCCUAGACACUUUCUUAACAAACCAAUAUCGUCUCGACCCAAAAUCAUCAAACGACUCAUUCACAUCACUCUCCUCCUCUCUCAAACGAUCUCUGUCUUCUUCAUCAAUCCACUUCUCAUCACUCUCCAAAUCUCUCCUCUCUCUCUCAAUCUCAAUCCCACUCAACGUCCGUUUCAUCGGAGACUCCUUUCCUUCCUCCGCCGCUUCAACUCUCUCCGAAUUCAUCUCCGCCGCCGUAACUAACGACAACUUCCAUGUAAUCUCUCCGUCUCCAGAUUCAUCAACAAAUCACAAACUCGUUAUCUCUCACUCUCUCCACCUCGUCGCAUCUCUAUCUCCCCAAUCUCUCUCUACCAGACUCGAUUCAACUUUGAAAACCCUAAUUUCAAGCACGACUUCAUCUCUCAGAUCUAAUCUCCUCUCGAUCCAAUACAAUCCCAUAGAUGAGAUUAUAAAGCAAGAGUAUGAGAAAGAGAAGCAUGGAGAUGGUGGAGUUUACAUUUACUUGAUCUCUUUAGGCUCUCAAGCUAAACCUUAUGCUUAUAGUUACUCUCAUGGUGAUUCAUCAGCUGGGUUUACGAAAUGUUUGGGUAGUAUUUGGACUGGUAAAGAACGUUAUCUAUGGAUUGAUCUCUCUGCUGGUCCUGUUGAUUAUGGUCCUGCGUUAUCUGGUGAUGGUGUUUUACCUAGAGGUGAGUUUCAUCCUUUAGCUGCUUUUCAUGGUCGUCCUAAAUCAGAAAAAGCUUUACUUGCGGAUUUAGCUUCGUUAGUGUAUAAUGCUUAUCAGGUUUUGAUUGUUCCUUCUUUGAGAAUCCCUGUGUACUUUGAAGAUACGUUAGUGGUUCAGUUGAUUCAUGUGUAUGGGUCGGAGGUUAAGGAUUCAAGUGGGUUAGAUUGGGAGUUUGUGAAGAGAACGUUUAUGGAUGAAGCUGAGAAUGGUGGGUUGUUGUUAGGAGAACAGAAGUUGAGUUUUAAGAGUUAUAGUGUGAAUUAUAGAGAAUGUCCGAUUUGUUCGUUUGCGGUAUCUCGUGGGAUGAAUUCAUAUACGUCUAGGUUUUUGUUUGAUAACUAUACGCUGAUUGUGAGUGAGUAUUUGGAUUCUAAGCAUAUGCAUCGGGCUUUGACUGAUUCAGCUGAGGAGUUGAGGAGAGUUGCGGGGAUUGUUGAAGAAGAAGGAAAUGAGUUUGCUAGGGUUUUACCGGUUUAUGUGUUUGAUUUGGAUAUCAAUACGCCUUUGUUGCUUGAUCGGUAUCAUCAGUCUGUUGCUUUUAGAGAUAUGGUUAUUGCUGUUAGAACUAGAGGAACUCAAACCGUGAGUGAUUAUACCUGCAAUGGGCGUCAUGUGUUUGUUCAUACGAGAGACUUAGAACGACCUCUCGUCGGUUCCAUUUUACAGAGUAUGUGGGGUGUGUCUUCUACUCAUUUGACUUGGAGCCCGAGACAUAACACAACUCUAGUUGAUUACACAUGGAGCAUUGGGCAAACACCGUUUGGACCUUUCUCUGAUAUAUCGUCUCUAUCAUUUGUUCAGAAAGACGCUGCUAAGAGAAACGUUCUGUUGACAUCGUUGAACACAACUAUCACAAGUGCAAUCGAUGUUAUUGAUUCCGCGGUUGCUUAUGGAGGAGAUGUGAUCCUACGGAAACAGAAUCGACACUCUGAGUUCAUGCAAAGGUGGAAUCUUUUGCAGUACAAACUGGAUAAAACGGUUUCUGCUCUAUCGCACAAUGAGUUCGAGAUGGCUUUGUACUACCUGAGAUCAGCAGCGCACGACUUGUACUCAGUGCAUUCAGUAGUGUACCUUGCGUCACAACAGGUAGAAGCCACUCUCAACUGUUUCAAAGAUCCUCCGUUCCCAUGGGGAACUGUUUCAGUGUCGGGAUUUGGGUUAAUGGCUUUGGGUUACGUGUACUCGAAAAGAGAUAGACUCUUCAGGAGCAAAAGAAAACAGUUCUGAAGAAUUCAGGCAGUGCAGGGUAAUUUAUUAUAGUCACAUUGGAUAAAAGUCUUACUAGUUUGGUUUUUGAGGUUAAUACAGCAUGUACUAUUAU